AACUGACCUUUGGGUCAAAGAUCAAAGUUCCUCGGAAAUGAAAGGUCACCGCCGUGUGUUCUCGUUGGGUUAAAUUCAUGAGACGUUUACGGUUGUUUGACGUGUUUUGUGUCCAACAUUGUGACCUGGACCCCGCGGAGUGGACAAGGCGGUCAUACAGGUGAUGCAAGAAGUGUGGAAGACUUCCAAAACUACAAUGGAGAACAGUUUGUACAAGUCGCUGAUCCACCAGACGGCGAUACUCAAACAGUUGGACGCCUUUCGGGUCAGCGGUAGGUUCUGUGACGUAUCAGUAGGUGCCGGAGGGAAAACCUUUAAAUGUCACCGUGUGCUUUUAGCAGCAAGCAGCUCGUACUUCGAGUCAUUGUUUGUACUUGGGCAACAGAUGCACUCGGACUAUGUCACCUUUGUGCCACUCGUGAGCGCUUCGUCAUUUGAAGAGAUACUUCGCUUUAUUUACAUGGCGGAAUUUACCAUUUCACCCGAAAACGCAGGCGACCUACUCGAAGCUGCCACGAUGUUAAGGAUCCAACCAAUGGUAGAGGCGAUUUCACAUUAUGAUCGGUCACUCAAAGAAGGGGCGGACAAGUCGGAAGCACCAGCUCCUCACACGGAGCGGUCUGCAGGGCGCAGGACCAAACACGGAACUGAACCAAGGCAGGAGGAAGUCUCCUUAGAGACAGCGAAAAGAGCAAGGCUUGACGACUACACCUCCCCUGUUGUUGGAGAAACAGCCGUCACAUAUGUACAGCCCAGGCAGUCUGCACAGCUACAGCUGGAUACGUACCACUCAGCAGACCGGCAACAAGACUCAGAUAAUGUCUAUCCUGAAGCCUGCUACCUUACAGACACGUCACCCAGCUCUCAGUACGAUCCAGACGCAACGAUCACCGUAAAGCGCGAGAGGGAGGAUCCAGGGUACGAUGCGGCCGCGUGGAACCAAGAACGUCCCGUGGGUUCGGCAGGGAACCAAAGAACGGGUGUGCCCGUUCGGGACAUCCGAGACCAGGACUGCGAUCAGUGGACACCUAAUCCACUUUAUCAUGAUAGGACAAGAGGCGUAUUGGGGAAGGAGAAUCAAUCAGGCACAGAAAGUACAGUAGGGAAGAGUUUUCAGUCUGCCUUGGAAGAUAAUAUCGCAACGCAUGGACAGAUCUUCGAAGAAAAUUUACCGAGCGAGAACACCGGGAACAUCAAACUGGAGACACCGCCCGACAUGGUCACUGCUGGAGAGAAUGGCGAUCCAUUCGACCUACAAGUGCAGCACGGUGCAUCUAAAGCUGUUGACAAAAGAAAAGGUCUUAAAGAAAGCUUCCACGGGAACUCAUCUCCUGAGACCGCCAACCCAGACGCCUCCACAGGGCCAUCUAUCGGCAUGUCCGCAGCAGAACUGUUGAAAACGCUGAGCAGACGAUACGAGUGCGCUAAACACCAACAUGAACAAGAGAUAACCGAUACCGAGCUACAAAGAGCCAGACCUUCCCCACCUCCAAGUGAGAACUCACUGUUCUCCUCUUGGUGUAUGGAAGCACAACCGCCGCAAACAAAUGUACAAAACGUACAACCAAAGAAACCUCCCAAGAAACAACGCAAGAAACAACCACUUGUUAAAAAGGCAGGGUCGGACAGGAGUCAGUUCCUCGCUGCCGACUGUUUGGAACACCCCAGUCCCCAGUCAUUCGGGCCUGCCCAGCGCGCUGCUGCGGCAGCUGCAGGCCCGACACUGGCGGCUCUCUUGGAAUCCCCGACGUCCUCGUCUCCCUCAGAUAAGGCGUCCGAUGCCUGGACUGAGGUGUCGAUGCCAGUACUUCACCGGGAGCCCGCUGAUCAGCACAGAACACCCCUGCGGUUAGCCAGGGGAUCUCCCGAAGGGUUGGGACAGGCAGACAGACCUUGCGAACGAAACUCGCAAGGGGGCAGUGCACUACCACAUGACUCCAGUGGAACCACCUCGCCUAUGGAGCAAACCCUCCGUCGUGCCGGCUCGCAGUCAAGAAAGUCCGUGAACAAGAUACUUUCGCGCCUUCUGACCACGGAUUCCUAUCGCGACACAUGUGCAGAGGAAAACAUUGGAGGAGAAGAUUGGGCGGGAAUUGGUGCGUCUCAGACGCUCAGGUCCAUGUGCGGAGAAUAUCUCACCACACUGCCCCAGAGAGGGAUGGCGAGCAGAGGGACAGGCACUAUUGAGGUCUGUAGGGGCGUUAUUAGUGGUCAGGAGAAGGGGCGACGUGCCGCUAUGAAGUUUCCUCAGUCAGCAGCGGAGGGUGGUGCCCUCGGCAGUUCAUCGGGCACAUCGUCUGGUUUUAAUGACGACAAAAUAAAGCAUUGGACAUCUUAUGACAAACUCAGUUCAGAUAAGGAGCCUCAUGCGUCUCUCAAAGACAUUCAAGGAACGUCCUGCUCAACUGAGACAAAGUACCCACGUAUUGACCUGCCUGUCCAGGGGACUGACCAGUUGACCGCCACCCCAUCUCAUCGUGUGUCUCCUGCAUUGCUGACAUGUUCAAAGGACACCUCAGGAUCUGUUGGAGACGAUCAUUGGCUGACGGCCUCGGAAACGUUGCGGCGGAUCAGUAGUCGAACAUGCGCAUUGGCGAGUAGCGCACAGGUAGCUGACACUAGACCAAUCACAGGGGAGGAUAGUGGCCCUGUCCUGGAGUCAGCUGGUGGGCUGAUGAACCAGGAAGGACCUACGCCGUCACAGCAAGUUACGGGCAUUAAGAAGGAAGAGAAUAGAGAAGCGCCGGUACCAGACAUGCGGGAGGUGCGGCCGACGUUAGGACGGGGUCAGGCUGCUGGUGAUGAAGACGCCGUCAGACUUGGGCGGAGUCUUCGAGCCGAGACGAGCAGGCCACUGCUAGGACCAGUCACGGGUACCCAGGGUUCCGGCACCAUGGGGAACUCAACAUCACAGGCAAGGUAUAAGGACUUUGCAGCUUGCGAUAUUUUGAAAUCCAUGAUACAUUAUCAUGGACAAGAAAGACAGGACCAGGCACCUAGCUAAGUGCGCAUGGAAUUCAGCAGCCUGUGUGAAAAAGGUCUAUCGUUUUUAUUCCAUAACCAACUUAUACUGACAGUUUUUAUACUGACAGAGUCGUAGAUGAAUAUUUCAGUGUUGUUACGCUUACGGCAACGUGCGUUUUUCUAGUGCUACUUGAUGUCCGUAACACAUUAUAGCACUUUCUGCAAUUACUCAAAGCAUCACAACGGUCUCACCUUGUGGAGAAAUAAUCCUUGAUCAGAUCAUGGCAUACAACAUGUAUGUAUGUAGGUUUACCCCUCAUUUACAUAUUGAGAAGCUCUUGUCAUCUUCCAGGAACGGUGUUAAGAUUUACUCAUCUAACUACUACUAUUUACUUGGUACUUGGUCAUACUUGGAAACACAAUAAUUGUACACUUGGAAUGUUUAAUGCAAACAUGUGAACAGUGAGUGGUUACAGUAAACGUUAUAACAUUGUCCGUCAGACUCUUACUGUACACAUACAGACGAUGGGAAAACAUUUCACACGUGUUACAGCUGUACAGGUAGUUUCAUACAUUGAUGAAGCAAAGCUAUUGUGGGCAAGUCAAGAAGACUUGAGGGAUUUCCGUUACAAAAGAAACAGCUACCAACGUUGGGGUAUAGUCCUGCUAGCUGGUGAGAACUGGCUACGGCUAUUAUUACUUAGCAGUUUUCUCAAGAAGGUAUCGGGAGAGCUACAGAAACACUGAAAUUGAUUAUACUUUUAGUUGUGGAUAAAGAACCCCGAUGUUCAUUGAUUUUUCAUCCUUUUGAAGCUACAUGUAUCCACGGAGGUUGAGACAAGCAGGGCCCGGUACCGGUCCCACACGUGUUACGCUUGGCGUAAGCUUGUAAACUAAGGGCAUUCUUGGGAAUGUCGUGCAAAAAUAGCUGCCUUGUUGCGGAAAGGACUGCUUUAGACCCUUGUCAGUGGUUGGUUCUGUUACGGCGUCAAACUGAUUUGAGUUGUACAUCUUCACCUCGAUUACUUCUAUGGUGUUCUUUCAUGAAAAUAUCACAACUAAUUCUAUAGUGCUGAAGGAUAGAAACUUUAUAUAUAGUUAUAUUUUACGAUUUUACGCUAUACAUUAUGUAAGGUAAUCAUUAUGGAAAUCAGCUGUGUUAAUAAGGUAAUAAUUGUAACAUAAUGUAGUUCUACAAAUUAUCAGUUCAUUUGUAUAGUUUUUGUACAGAUUGUUGGGUGUAUGAGUUUAUACAAACAGAUGAUGGAAUAUAUUGAAAUUUUCCACGCCUGCGGUACGUACUCUUGCAAAACUAAUUUUACAUGCAUGCUGACAAUAUCCGUCAGAUAGAAAUACAUGUAACGUUACCUGUGCCGAGGGCUGGCUUUGAAACCAGCUGAAGACUUUGCGUCAGUAUUGCAUAAAUUGUGUUUUUUCGAAGUUGAUAGGUUUUGCAACGUUUUAUUUAUGAAAGCAUUGUGCUGGUGUUGGUGUUGAAUAAAUAUUGAUUGAUUGA